AUGUAUGCAGAUGUCGUACGACAUGAAGGAAGCAACAACACCAACCAAAACCUUACCGGAGAACGGAGGAGGAAGACUGGAAGCGACCAAGAGCACAUAAAGAUGAUGUCGCAAGACCAAAAGAACCUCGAGGGGACCGUAACAAGAGCCAUGGGAGUAAAGCAGCGGAUCUGGCCUCAACCUCAAAACCCAAGCCUGUUCGCCGGGAUCUGUUGCCGAAAUUGGGCAAGGUCCGUGAUCGAGGGGAAGAGAGACGAGCUACCAAAACAACAACCCAAGAGUGGGUUCGUAAGGCGUUUGGCAAAGGAGAUGCCCGUGAAGCAAUUCCCAAUACAAGGGAGAAGACGACAGAGGCGAUGGCGUCGCCGGGAAGAGACGCCGCCGUGA